GGGCUUCAGCAUCGCGGGCGGUGUGGGGAACCAGCACGUUCCCGGAGACAACAGCAUCUACGUCACUAAGAUCAUCGAUGGCGGCGCGGCGCAUCGGGACGGCCGGCUCCAGAUCGGGGAUAAGAUCCUGGCUGUGAACCACAUGUCUCUGGAGGACGUCCUGCAUGAAGACGCCGUGGCGGCGCUGAAGAACACCGGGGAGGUGGUGUACCUGAAGGUGGCCACGCCCACCGCCCCGUUCGGCCAGCAGGGGGAGCGCUACAGCCCGCCGGACCUCACCAGCGCCCUGGCGCCGCCGUCGCCCCGGCGAUACUCACCGCUGCCCCGCGGCAUCAUGGGAGACGAGGAGUACUCCAGGGAUCCGCGGCGCGUCGGCAUCCAGCGGGGGGCCACCGGGCUGGGCUUCAACAUCGUGGGGGGGGAAGAUGGAGAAGGAAUCUUCAUCUCCUUCAUCCUGGCGGGAGGACCGGCGGACCUGAGCGGGGAGCUGAGGAAGGGAGACCAGAUCCUGAGUGUGAACGGGGUGGACCUGCGGUUCGCCACACAUGAACAGGCAGCAGCAGCUCUGAAGAACGCCGGUCAGACGGUGACCAUCGUAGCUCAGUACAGACCAGAGGAGUACAGCCGCUUUGAGGCCAAGAUCCACGACCUGAGAGAGCAGAUGAUGAAUAGCUCAUCAGGCAGCCUGAGAGCCAACCGCACCUUCUACGUCAGAGCCCUGUUUGACUACGAUAAGCAGUGGGACUGUGGCGUUCUGUCUCAGGCUCUGGACUUUAACUUCGGGGAGGUUCUCCAUGUGAUGGACAGCGCAGACGAGGAGUGGUGGCAGGCCAGACGACUCAACCAGCAGGGGGAGCUAGAGGAGCUGGGAUACAUCCCCUCCAAGCACAGGGUGGAGAGGAAGGAAUGGUCCCGCAUGAAGAGUAAAGGUCGAGACGGUUUCAUCCACAGCUAUGAACUCGUCACUCAGAUUGAAGUGGACUACGCCCGUCCUGUCAUCAUCCUGGGUCCGACCAAAGACCGGGUCAACGAUGACCUGCUGUCUGAAUAUCCGGACAAGUUCGGCUCCUGCGUUCCCCACACCACCCGUCCCCGCAGGGACUACGAGAUGGACGGGCGGGACUACCACUUUGUGUCGUCACGGGAACAGAUGGAGCGGGACAUCCAGUCGCACCGCUUCAUCGAGGCAGGGCAGUACAACAACCACCUGUACGGGACGUCGGUGCAGAGCGUCAGGCAGGUGGCCGAGCAGGGGAAGCACUGCAUCCUGGAUGUUUCAGCCAAUGCUGUGAGGCGUCUGCAGGCCGCUCACCUUCAUCCCAUCGCCAUCUUCAUCCGCCCGCGCUCCCUGGAGAACAUCCUAGACCUGAACAAGCGUCUCUCGGAGGAUCAGGCCAGGAAAGCUCUGGACCGAGCCGUCAAGCUGGAGCAGGACUUCCUGGAGUGUUUCACAGCCGUUGCCCAGGGCGACAGCUUCGAUGAGGUGUACCUCCAGGUGAAGCUGGUCAUCGAGGAGCAGAGCGGACCUUACAUCUGGGUUCCUGCCAGAGACAGGCUCUGAUUGGCUGAGCUUUGUCUCCAUGGCAACCACCAUCACCUCCUCCAGCUGCUGUGGGCGGAGCCACAAGACAUGGAGAGGACCAGAGACUGCUGUAACCAUGGCGACCACUUCCUGUCCAGAGAGACAAAUAAUCCUGAGAUAAUGAAUCAGAGACUGUAGAACCAGA